AUGGGGAAAUGGUCUAUGGCAUCGUGUAUGGCACUAUCAAAUCUGGUGUCGGAUCAUUGUCCUAUCCUAUUAUCAACGGUCCAGACGGAUUAUGGGAAGAUUCCAUCGAGACUGUUUAAUUCUUGGUUUGAAAUCCCGGGGGCAGUUGAGAAAGUGGUACAAUUAAUGGGGAGUUUUCAUUUUGAGGGCUUGCCUGAUUUAGCUUUGGAUGUGAAGUUAAAGUGGGUAAAGAGGCGUUUAAAGGAAUGGGUUUAUAAUAAAAAAUCAGAGAUGGAUAGCUCGUAUAAUACAAAGUUAAAGAGGCUUGAAGAACUCGAGUCAAUGGCGGAGCAAAGGAGUCUGGAUCAGGAUGAAAUGGAGGAGAGAAUGGGGUGUAAAACGUUCAUCACGGAGUCGGAUAGAUUGAAAUCAAUGGACUUGCAGCAAAAGUCUAGGGUCCGAUGGGCAAAGGAGGGCGAUGAGAACACGAGAUAUUUUCACGGGGUUAUUAAUGCCAAUACAAGAAAUAAUAGGAUUCAUGGUUUGCAUAUUGAUGGUGUUUGGGUCGCGGAUCCGCCACUGGUAAAGGAUCACGUUUUCUCCUAUUUUGCGGAUAAGUUUGUGGAGCCGCUAUAUGCCAGACCGACUCUGCAAUGUCCAUAUCUAUCUCAACUAUCUAAUGAUGAAGCAAAUGCUCUGCUAAAUAGCGGUUGCAUGUCGUCAUUUUUAGCUCUCAUUCCGAAGAGGUCUGAUCCAGGUGGCCUUCAUGAAUAUCGGCCGAUCAGUUUGAUAGGUUGCAUCAAUAAAGUGGUGUCAAAAGUGCUAGUGAAUAGACUGAAAAUAGUUAUUCAUAAGUUAGUUUCGGAGGAGCAAACAGGUUUCUUAUCAGGAAGAAGCAUACUGGAUGGGGUCAUCAUUUUAAAUGAGCUAAUACCAUGGUUAAAGAAAAACAAACGGGAGGGAAUGAUAUUGAAAGUGGAUAUCGAAAAGGCGUAUGAUUCACUAAGUUGGGAAUUUCUGAACUCGAUGCUUUGUCAAAUGAAUUUCCCAGAAAAGUGGAGGGGGUGGGUUAUGUCUAUUGUGUCUUCGGCCCGAGCUUCUGUACUAGUAAAUGGGUCUCCUACACAGGAAUUUACAUGUUCGAGAGGUUUGAGACAGGGAGAUCCGUUAUCUCCGUUUUUAUUUGUACUAGCAAUGGAGGCUCUCACAGGCAUAAUGAAAAAGGCAUGUGACACAGGGGUUUUUAAAGGCUUGGGACUAUCGGCAAAUGGGGUGUCAAUCUCCCAUUUUCUAUAUGCAGAUGAUGUGGUUUUUGUGGGCGACUGGUCCUAUGAUAAUAUGAUAAAUCUAAAACGGUUACUUAGAUGUUUCUAUUUGAGUUCGGGUUUGAAAGUGAAUCUGAAAAAAAACAGUCUUUACGGAGUCGGAGUAGAUGAUAAUCAAGUCCAAUUGAUGGCGAAUAUGUUGGGGUGUACUAGAGGUUCGCUUCCCUUCAAAUAUUUGGGGUUGCAAGUGGGUGCCAACAUGAACUUGGUGAAAAAUUGGGAUCCGGUCGUGGAAAUUUUCAAGAGAAGAUUAGCCCUUUGGAAAGCAAACACAAUCUCUUUUGGUGGACGUAUCACAUUAGUAAGUUCCGUUCUUAAUGCCUUGCCUACGUACUAUUUUUCGUUAUUUAAAGCACCAUUAGGAGUGAUAAAGAAGCUUGAAAAGCUGAGAAGAGAAUUCUUAUGGGGUUCGAAUCCGGAAAAGGAAAAAAUGAAGUGGGUCGCAUGGAGAAAUAUGAUGACACCUAAAGACUUUGGAGGUAUGGGGUUUGAUUUACUCCGGGUAGUGAAUUUGGCGCUAUUAGCAAAGUGGUGGUGGAGGUUCAAAGUGGAAAGGGAUAGUCUAUGGAAAAAAGUGGUUUGGGAGAUACAUAAAAAUUCGAGAUCAUGGAGCUUCAUUCCAGUUAAAUUAUCCUUAACAAGCCCGUGGAAGCAAAUAUGUAAAAUAAGCGAUGAUUUUGAGACUUUGGGAUUAAGCUUGGAAUCAAUGUUUCGGGGAGUUCCUGGUAGCGAAAGCAUUAUAUCUUUUUGGAAAGAACGGUGGUUAUUUGAGGUCCCUUUAUGCGAGAAAUUUCCAGCCUUGUUCUUGUUGGAAAGACACAAGAAUGCAACUAUAAAGGAUCGGCUGGAGGUUGUCGCUGGAAGUUUGGAACUGAAGUUCAUGUGGGCGGGACAACCGUCUACGUCUAUGGAAAUCUCGGAACUGCAAGAGCUCUCGGAUGCUCUGUCGAGUUUCGUGUACGGAUUGGGUGAGGACAAGUGGAGUUGGCUGCUGGAUCCCUCAGGCUUUUUCUCGGUGAAUAGCGUCAAAGUUAAGCUUCAAAAAUUAAUUUUUGUAGACUUAAAGCUGGCAUUUGAGUGGAACAAUUGGUCCCCCAAAAAGGUCAAUUUCCUGAUUUGGAGACUAGUUCAAGACAAGCUUCCGACAUACUCGGCAUUGGCUAGGAGAAAUGUUAUCGUUCAAGACAACCGGUGUAAAAUGUGUGGUGGUGAGGCAGAAACGACGAUACAUUUGUUUGUCUCGUGUUCGAUCGCGGAGCAGAUUUGGGAGUUCGUAUCUCGGUGGUGCAGAAUACAACAAGUUUUUGCAUUAGAAUUAAAAGACUUGGCAAACAUCCAUAAGAGAAAUAGAGGAUCACAGAGGUGGAAAAAAGUGGUUAAUUUGGUGACUCAAGCGGCUAUAUGGGUGAUUUGGAGAAGUCGGAAUGGUGCGGUUUUUGAAGGAAAGCAACCUCAUGUAAACAGGAUGAAGGAGGAAAUCAAGAUGUUUGGGUACAUGUGGCUAAAGAGUAGAGUCAAGGGUACAAAUAUAUCAUGGGAGGAUUGGUGUGAGUUUAAUUUGAUAAGUAUUGGUGUAUAA